UACGUUUCUUGAAACACGACAAGCGCCGGGCCGAUCGGUCUCAUUUUAAGGUUAUUCGGCGCUGAGAACGCGGCUUGCUCGCAAGCAGUCAUUUCGUUCCCGAUAUAUUCCAGAGCUUGGCAAGAUAAAUUAAAGCACAUCAGUCAUGAGAUUCUUGCUAGCAUUGCUGGGACUCUCAGUCCUUGCAUUCUUUGUCGCUUCAGCAGGCUCUGUGGUCUGCGAAAAAGGAUCGAAAUGGCAUGACGGCUGCAAUCUCUGCACGUGUGGCAACGGAAACGCUGCCUGCACGCGCAUGCGUUGUGCCCCAGGCAAGCUGCCCAGCAAACCGUGGUGCGAGAACGGCAGUAAGUGGAAACCUGACGGCUGCAACUGGUGCACCUGCGACCAGAAGAUAGCAAAAUGCACUAAAAAACUAUGCCCAUGGCUUGAUGAAAAAAGGUCAAGCAAAUGAAACUCGUUGGUUGGAGGACCUGCAAUCCGCUGUUGACGAUUGCCAGACGCUACGACAUCGACGGUUUUGCUCUGCUCAUGCCACCCUUCCACCGUGUCAACGACGAUAUGGCCAACACUUUUCUAACUUUGGCUCUCAUCGAUGGUGUAUUUAUAUAUCGAGGGUGCUUCAAUAUAUCAUCGGAGGUUAAAUCCUGUAAUAAAUUUAUCUAAAAAUUAGCAAAUAGCCGAGCUUGAUGAGCUAUAGCCGAGCGAGCUAUACAGUAUAUAAUCCAUCACGUAAAUGUCGACGCGCAUUCAUAUAUGAAGAUUUCUGACUAAAAUGUACGAGCUUGCAUAGGUCCAUGACAUUUAUUUUAUCAAUCAGGUUUUAC